GGAGCGCGUGACCUGCGGAGAGGAGAGGAGCGGAGGGCUGCGCGUGCCGCCCGGUUCCUCAGAGCGUGUGUCGGUGUCGGUGUCGGUGUCGGUGUGUGUCCGCCCAGCGAGCCGAUGGAGAGCAGACAGACAGAGCUGUACUCCAGCGUCCUGAGCGGCGCCGUGGUGGACUGGGCCGGCCCCGGAGAGGAAUGGGUCCGCUCGGCCACGCCGGAGGCAGCGCCGGGUGUGAAUCAGGGCCUGUUUUACCCGCCGGCCGAGGAGUCGGUCCGGAGGAGCUCGUACGGGGAACACUCGGCCCCGUCGGUCCAAAAUGGGGAAAUCGCGACACAGUGGGGUAGAACGUCACCGCCGGGGCAGGAUCGGUGGGGCAACACCUCCUCAUCGGUGUCCCACUCCGACAGCUGGGUCAUGUCCACCACGUGGGACAUGCAGCUGGACAGCUCAGAGCGAGGACACCUGACUGCAGGUUUUCUGGACUCGGAGCCGCUGCAGGAGGCCGAUGAAGACCUGGUGUCGGAGGUCAACCUCAGCACUCCCAUGAUGACGGAGGAGGAGCGGGAGGAGAUCCAGCAGGAGCUGGCCAAACUGGAGGAGGAGAUCAACACGCUGAAGCAGGUCCUGACGUCCAAGGAGAGGCAGCACGCCGAGCUCAAGCAGAAGCUGGGCCUCGGACCGCUCAGCGAGUUCAGAACCAACUUCAGCCGAGGCUGGCACGACAUGCAGACGUCCACGGCCUACAAGAAGACGUCGGAGACGCUGUCCACGGCCGGACAGAAGACCUCGGCAGCCUUCAGCAACCUCGGCAGCGCCAUCACCAGGAAGUUUGGAGACAUGAGGUCCAACUCCAUCGGCUACUCUAUCAGGCACUCCAUGAGCAUGCCCACCAUGAGGUAA